AUGGGUGGUCAAUGGUCACAGUUCUUCCCGCCAAAGCCCACAUACACCGAGGCGGACCUUGUGACACAAGAUGGCAAGGUUAUCUUGAUCACGGGAGGCGCCUCAGGAAUUGGUUUGGAGAUUUCUACCAUGCUUUACCGCAAGAAUGCACGCGUGUAUAUCGCAGGCAGGUCAGAAAAGAACGCACGCGAUGCUAUUCAAGCAAUCCAAGCAGCGAACCCUUCGUCCACCGGCACCCUCGACUUUCUUCACGUUGAACUGGAUGACCUGAGGACGAUCAAGUCAUGCGCCGACGCAUUCAAGGCGAAGGAAUCGCGCCUCGACCUCCUAUUUCACAAUGCAGGUGUUUCGCAGCCUCCGCUAGGGAGCGUCUCAAAGCAGGGCGUUGAAUUGCAACUUGCAACCAACUGUCUUGGACCAUUCCUACUCACUCAGUUUCUACUCCCCCUUCUUCAGCAGACCGCAUCCUCGGCAGCACCAGGAAGCGUCCGCGUCAUAUGGACCAGCAGCCAAAUGGCCGAGUUGAGCGCCCCCAAGGGGGGUCUCAUAAUGGACGAAAUACGUUCACCACCACCGAAUGACAAGGGCAGGAAUUACACCAACUCCAAAACAGGAAAUAUCUUCUUGUCUGCCGAGCUUGCGCAUCGUCAUCCAGCCAGCACGUCGGGGAUCGUGAGCGUGUCGCUCAACCCAGGAGCCGCUGCCACGAACCUAUUUCGCCACACACCUUUGCUUCCGUACCUGGCAUGGCCACUCAUGUACACUGCAAAAUUGGCAGCACAUACGCAACUAUUUGCCGGCAUCUCCCCGGAUAUAACGGUCAACAAUAGUGGGUGUUAUGUCGUUCCUUUUGGGAGGCUGGCGAACUUGAGACAAGACAUUGUUGAAGGAGCAAAGAGAAAAGAGGAAGGCGGACUGGGCCUUGCAGGAGAGUUCUGGGACUGGUGUGAGGAGAGGACGAGAGAUUACAUGUGA